UCCAGCAUCACACUGGCGCUUGUUAGACCUGCAGAAAUUUAUGUUCAUUUAAGACUAGUAAGUCAUUUUCCUGCCGCGCUCAGGCAGAGGGCCGGGGCCGCGGGGAGAGGCGGAGCCCGGGAGCAGGGCCUGGGCGCCCCGCGGGGAGGUCGCGGCCCUGACCUUGACGGGGCUCGGGCCUGCUCGCCUCCCGCCGGAGAUGAGGGAAGAUGGCCGUGUCUGGGCUGAAGGCCGAGUGGAAGUUCCUGGCGUCCGUCUUCCCGAGAACCACGGGCGAUUCCGCAUGGUCAGCGGGAAGCUGGAGGAGCUGCACUGCCCGUUCCUGGUGCCGCCGCCGGCGCCGCGCUGCUCUCGCCCCACCGCAGCAUCGCGGAUCUGAGCCCUCUUCUUCAGAACGCGCUCCUCGGACCUCUCUCGGCGGCGGAACUGCACUAUUAUGACAUCAAAAUCCUGCAAGAUUACGUUUUUUACACCACCGGGUCUGAUCGGACAGCUCGCAUAGCCGUCAGCAUGGACGACACAGAAGACGCAACAAAUCAGCAUCUUUACAGCAGGGACGGGAACUCCAGGCCGCUCCAGAUGGUAGAGAGGCGAGGCCUGGGUUCAGGGGCCAAGGGCCUCCUUCAGGGCUGCACCCUUUCACCAGCGGGAUCCUGCCACCUGCUGGGCCCCUCCUGCCUCCCCACGGGUCUUCCUGGGAGAAUCCCACCUGAGGCUGCAGUAACCUGCUUAGGGUGUGACUCUGGGCACCUUCACAUAUUUCCAAGAGCAAAGAAAAUACAUCACCUGGAAGCGGAUUUCUUAAUUAUUCCUCAGCUUAUAGUGAUGAUAGGAUUUGAAGACCUGGCUGUGUAUUUCACCUGGAAAGAAUGGCAGAACAUGAACAAUGCUCAAAAAAUCUUGUACAGGGAUGUGAUGCUGGAGACCUACAGCAUCCUGUUCUCCUUGGGGCACUGCAUGACCAAACCUGACUUGAUCUUGAAGUUGGAGCAAGGAGCAGAGCCCUGGAUGGGGGAAGAAUGCCUACAUCAGAGUCUUCCAGUUGCUGUGAAAAGUGAUGACCUGGUUAGGAACAGCCAGGAAUGUCAGGACAAAAGUCUGAAUCUUAAUGUCAAGAAAAAUAACAAGACAUCAACUCCAAAGAUAGUUGAAUUAAGAAAAAUAUUUAAUUUAAUUUCAAGCCAUAUUCCCAAACUAAUUAUCAGAAAGAGAAAUUAUUUAAGAAUGAAACCCAAAGAAUGCAAUAUAUGUCACAAUGUGUAUCCCCAAAGUGGGUCUGAUCAACUGCAAGCUGAAGAGAAAUUUGAUGCCACUAAGGUGCCUGGGAACUCUCUCCAGUUCUAUGAGCCUCUUAGUCAGUGUCACAAGAUUCAGACUGUGAAGCAGACAUCUGAGCAUAUUGGACAAGGGAAAGUCUUCACAAGGAAGAUGUUCUGUAAAUCUGAGAGGGUUUGUAAGGGAGAAACCUGUAAUAAGUCAGCUAUCACUGUUGGAAAGGCAACUCAAAUAGUAAAUGCUUUCCACGAAAGCUCUAACCUCAGUACACAUCAACAAACCCACACAAGAGAUAAAUUUUAUGAAUAUGUUAGGUAUGUGGAGCCUGUUAUUUACCGAUCACAUCUUGCCAUAAAUCAGAGACCGCAUUUGGAGAAAAAACCCUGUGCAGGUAAACCCUGUGAAAAAUCAUUCAGUUGUAAUUCCUGCCAUAGCAUCCAUCACAGUACUCACACACAGGGAAACCCCAAUAUGUGUAUUGAAUGUGGAGAGACCACUCACCAGGAGUCAGAUUACAUUAGACAACAGAAAAUUCACAUACAGAUGAAACCUCAUGAGUGUAUUGAUAGUAGAAAAGCCUUUUUCCCAAAACCAUACCUCAUAACAGAACAGAGAAUUCACACAGAGGAGAAACUUCAUGAAUAUAAUGACUAUGGAAAAGACUUUUUGAACAAAUCUGACCUCAGUAAUCAACAGAGAAUUCACAAAGGGCAGAAGCCUUAUGAAUGCAAUGACUGUGGAAAAGCCUUUGGUCAGAAGUCAAACCUCACAAUGCAUCAGAGAAUUCACACAGGGGAGAAACCUUAUAAAUGUUUUGACUGUGGAAAAGCCUUUGGCCAGAAGUCAAACCUCAUAAUGCAUCAGAGAAUUCAUACAGGGGAGAAACCUUAUGGAUGUAAUGACUGUGGAAAAGUCUUUGGCCAGAAGUCAAGCCUCAUAAUUCAUCAGAGAAUUCACACAGGAGAGAAACCUUAUGAAUGUAAUGUCUGUAGAAAAGCUUUUGGCCAGAAAUCAAGUCUUAUAAUGCAUCAGAGAAUUCACACAGGAGAGAAACCUUAUGAAUGUAAUGACUGUGGAAAAGCCUUUGGCCACAAAUCAAACCUAAUGAUUCAUCAGAGAAUUCACACAGGGGAGAAACCUUAUGAAUGUAAUGACUGUGGAAAAGCCUUUGGCAAUCAGCCAGACCUCAUUAGACAUCAGAGAAUUCACACAGGGGAGAAACCUUAUGAAUGUAAUAACUGUGGAAAAGCCUUUGGCCAGAAGACAAGCCUAAUAAUGCAUCAGAGAAUUCACACAGGGGAGAAACCUUAUGAAUGUAAUGACUGUGGCAAAGCCUUUGGCCAGAAGUCAAGCCUCAGAAUGCAUCAGAGAACUCACACAGGUGAGAAACCUUAUGAAUGUAGUGACUGUGGAAAAACCUUUGGCCAGAAGUCAAACCUCAUAACGCAUCAGAGAACUCACACAGGUGAAAAACCCUAUAAGUGUAGUGACUGUGGAAAAGCCUUUGGCAAUCAGCCGAACCUUGGCAGACAUCAGAAGUCUCACAGGAGAGUAACCCUAUUAAUGUAAUGGCUGGAAAAUACUUUUUCCUGAGGGCAAGCCUAGUAAUACAUCAUAAAACUCACACAGGGGAGAAACCUUAUGAAUGUAAUGACUGAGGAAAAGCCUUUGGAAAUAUGUCACAACUCAGUGUGUCAGAGAAUUAGCAAAGGAGAGAAUUGUCAUGAGUGUAAUGACUGAAAAAGCCUUUUAUGAAAAAGCACAACUCCUACACACCAGAGAAUUCACACAGGUGAGAAACCUUAUUAAGCUAAUGACUAAUGGAAAAGCUUUUGGCCAAAAAUCAGACCUCCUUGAACACCAGAGAAUUCACGCAGGGGAGAAGCCUUAUGAAUGUAAUGAAUGUGGAAAAGCCUUUGGCAAUAAGUGAGAACUCAAUGCACCAGAGAAUUCACACAGGGGAGAAAACUUAUGAAUGUAAUGACUCAAACUUUUUAACUAUAAUUCAACCCUAAUUGCACAUCAUCAAAUUCAUAUAGGAGAAAACCCUUUUGAAUGUAAUGUAUGUGAAAAAGCCUUUAUCUGGAAGUCAUACCUCUUAAGACAUCAGACAUUACAUGGGGAAAAACCUUAUGAAUGUAAUGAAUGUUGGAAAGCUCUUUGCCAAAAUCACACCUUAUAACAUCAGAGAAUUCACAGAAACUUUUGAAUGUCAUAAAUGUAAGAGAUCCUUUUGUCAGAAGUAAUGCCUCACAACACAUCAUGGAAUUCAAACAAAGGAAAGAGUUUAAGAAUAUACUGAACAUGGAAGAGCUUUUUCCCAAAAGCAAUGUAAUCUUGUGACAAAGCCUUUUGUUAGAAACCAUGCCCCCAUACAAUUGGGACUCAUGUAAGGGAGAAAGCUAAUGAAUGUUAUUAGUGUGAAAAAAGCCAUUCAUCAGAAAUCAAUUGUUAUAAUCAAAGAAUUCACACAGGGGGUUUCUUACAAGUGUAAUGAGUGUAGAAAAGUAUUUUCCUGGGAUUCAUGCUUACAUUGGUACAGAAUUCAUAAAAGAGGAACCUUCAAAUGCAGUAAAUAUGAGAAAACCUUCAGCCAGAAAUUAGAUAUCAAUAGAUAUCAAAGAAUCCAUAAAGAAAAAAAAAUAUAAGGAAUGCUUUAAAAAAUCAGUCUUCAGUUCACAAGAAGUGACUCAGAAAUGAGAUUCCCAUAAGCCAUCUCUCAAUAGUUAACUGAGAGCUCACCAAAAGGAAAAUCCUUUGACUGUAAUGCAAUUGGAAAAACCUUAACUGUAAGGCAAGCUUCUGCAAAAUUUAGCAAGAUUACAGGGAGAAGUCUCUGAAAAUGUCAUGUGUCUAGAAGAAUUCUUAGAUACAACCACACCUCAUCAAGUGUUAGGCAAUUCACAUGAUGAAUUGUGACUGAGAUGGGCUAACCAUGCUUCCAUGUGUAAAUUUUGCUAACAAAUAUUCAACAGUUGCAACAGUUGAUUCAACAGUUAUUGUAAGAGUUACUUGGAAUAUCUUUACCAAUUGCAAAGUUAUUGUUGUAUAGCAGUGUUAUUGCCUGCCUAGGAUUCUUUCUCCACAUCAUUGUAGUAUUGUAGUACAAAUAAGUGAUAUGACCACAGGCAUAUGAACUGACACAUGUUCCAGCCAUAAUUCUGUACUCCAGCCCUGGGUGAUGAGUGUUUCAUCCAGUAUAGGGAAUGAGCAUGUGGUCACCUGUAUACUCAUGUGAACUUCCAAGUUAUAUGUGUGCAUUUCUGGAUUAGACUAUACUACCUGUGGUCUGUUUGUAUAUUCAAGUAGGAGUUUUUGCACACAUCACCCUCAUUCUAUAAUGGGAGUAUCUCAAAUCCUAUAAAUUGCAAGACUUUAUCUCCUAAAUUUUCCUGUAUUACUGAGUGUGCAAUCCAUUUUGAAAUAUUUCAUUUAUGAUCCCCUAUUUUAUUCUUUCUUCCUUUAAUUUCUUGCCCAGAGACAAGGAUUUGAGUUGUAUUACUCCCUACUGCUAAAAGUGACCCUCAGUUUUAUUGAAAAUGUGUGUUUUCUUCCUUUCCCAAUUUAUACAGUCCUUUCUGGAUUUUAAUCAGAUUUACAUUCAGUUCAGACCUCAGGAUAUACUUAGGAUGGACAGUCUACCCAAGUUGCGUGACUAUUCCAUGAUAGAUGGGCUACAAAUGCUAUGAUAUCAUCUAACUGUAAUGUCUCUUUUAUUUCCCAUCUGGAGGACAAUCCUGUAUAUCAUCCUUCUACCUCCAUUACUGCCCAUUGGGCAAAGCUCAUUGUCCCUGUUCAAGUGCUUCAGCUUCUUUCAAGUCUUCAUCAAAUCAAAUCUUAGUAUAAUCAGAAAUUUAAAAGAAAGUGAAUGGUGUGGCUGUUGGCAGUUUCAGUGUGGUCAAGUAAUUUGCUGGACUGCUAUUUUGUCUGGGUUGGCUUCCAUCUUACUCAGAACUAAUUUUCCGUAAUAUUGUAUGGCUGAGGACUUUUUCUAGGCCCCCAACUAAGUUGGUGCAUUUCUUAUGGAAGGUGGGAGUAUUAUGUCCAAAUAUUUUAUAUAUGUGAUUGUGUUAAAGACCUUUGGAUUGUGUUAACUGGGGUUUUCCAUGUAGUCCUGGCUGGAAUCACAUGUGUGCUCACAAUCCAAAGGCAAAAGGAGGUUUAUACUCAAAGAAAAUGAAAAUCAAUGUCAUCAUGAAGGCAAAGAUGAAAGUGAUAUAAUCAUAAAGACAGAGGCUACCAGAAGCUGGAGUUGGCAAUGAAAAGAUUAUUCUGUAGAUACUGGCUGGAGCACAGACCUUACUCCCUGCAUUUCAGUUUGAGCCAGAGAGAGUGAUUUCACUUUUAUCCUUCAAAUAGUGACAGUAUACAGUUUCCUUUUUUUAAGUCAUUAAGCUUGGAACAUUUUUGACAGUAACAAUAGGUAACCAGAUUCUCUUGCUGCCAACCUGGAGGUGACUGGAAUUUCAUGAAACAUGAGCACAAAAUGGUGGUAGAAGUAAAAAAAACUGAUCAUAUCUGGGAAACUUGACAGAAACUUGCUAGUAGGGUCAACAACAGAUGGAUCAAUUAGCUCCCUGAUCCAUAUCUAAGUAUUAAAAGAUGAAAAUUAUUUUCCUAUAAUUAUCAUUGUUGGAAUAUAAAUAAUGUGAUGUGCCUCUGGAAGCCAUUUCUUAAAUAUGGAUGGAAUAUGAUUCUUUUGGUUUAUUUGUUUUAUGUCAUUUUUGCUUUUCCAAUGUUUCUAAUCACUGAUGCCUGAAUAAAUUUCUUUCUUCUAAAGUUCAUUGUGAUAUAUUUUAUUUACAAACAAUCCUCAGGGACAGGGAGAGAACAGUUAUUGUCAGAAAUCCACUAAUUCCUUGAAUUUUUGUUUUGGAGUUCAUUUCCUACAUGAGUUAUGGGUUCUAUUGAAAGAGGCAUUGGUUAGUUUGUUGACUGAUGAUGGCAUUAUUUCUUAUGCCAAGUGAUUGUACAUUUUCUGGCUUGGAGUCUUGCUUUCCACCAGCUCUCUGGUGGUGGCCUGGAAAAACAGUAGAAGAUGGCCCUAGUCCUUGGGCCACUGUACCUGCGUGGGAGAACUGGAAGAGGCUCCUGGCUCCUGACUUUGGAUCAGCUCAGUUCUGGCCAUUGCAGUCAUUUUGGGAGUGAACCAGUGGAAUGGAACACCUCUCUCUGGCUCUUAUCUCUCUAAAUCUGUCUUUCAAAUAAAUAAAACAGUUCUUUAAGAAAAAUCACUGAAUUAAAAACGUCAACUUCCUUCCUAUAGAUUACUUUUUAGGUACUCUUACUUACCACAGAUCAGAAAUAAUAUAUGAUAUUUUUCUUUUGGUGACUGGCUUAUUUCACUAAGUAUAAUGAUUUCCAGUUGCAUCCUUUUUUUCAGACAACAGGAUAUCACUUUUUUUGAACAUGUGUAGUAUUCCUUGGUUAUAUAUACCACAUUUUCUUUAUCUAGUCUUCAACUGAUGGACAUCUGGGUUGAUCUCAUAUCUUAGCUCUUGUAGAUUGAGUUGAAUUGAACAUGGGGGUACAGAUAAAUUUUUCAUAUAAUGAUUUUUUUAAUGUAACUGUACCAGUUUACAUUCCCAUCAACAAUGGAUUAGGAUAGUUAAGGAUUUUUUUCCUUCAUCCUGGCCAGAAUUUGUUGUUUGCUGAUUUCUAUAUUGGAGCUAUUAUAACUGCGGUGAGGUGAAACAUCAUUGUAGUUUGAUCUGCAUUUCUCUAAUGGCUAGUGAUCCUGAACAUUAUUUUAUGUGUUUAUUGCCAUUUGAAUUUCCUCUCUUGACAAAAAGGCUGUUCAAGACUUUUGUCCCCUUUUUAAUCAGAUUAUUUGUUUUCUUCUUGUUAUAUUUCUUGACAUUUUGUGUAUUCUGAUUACUAGUUUGCAAAUGUUUUCUCCCAUUCUGUCAGUUGCCUCUUCAUUUGGCUGAGUUUUUUCUUUGCAGAGCAGAAGCUGCUCCACUUGGUGUAAUCCCAUUUGUCAAUUUUGGCUUUGAUUGCUUGUGCUUUUGGGAUCUUUUCCAAUAAGAUUCUUCCUCUGCCAAUGUGUUGCAGAGUUCCUCCAAUGUAUACUCUAGUAAUUUGAUGGUAUUUUGUCAUAUCAUAGAUUUAGGUCUUUGAUCCAUGUUGGAUGGAUUUUUGUGUAAGGUGUAAAGUAGGGGUUUUGUUUCAUACUUCUGUAUGUGGAGAUCCAGUUUUCCCAGCAUCAUUUGUUGAAGAGACUGCCCUUGAUUCAAGGAUUUAUUUUAGCUCCUUUGUCAAUGAUCAGUUAGUUGCAGAUGCAUGGAUGAUUUCUGAAGUUUCUACUCCUUCCAUUGGUCUACAUCUCUCUCUCUCUCUCUCUCUCUCUCUCUCUCUC